AAUCAACUUCAGCAGCAGCAGCAUCUCUUGAUCCAUUUUCUCUCUCUGUGGAACCUCCAAGGCAGAUAUGAGUCUCUCUGACACAGACAAGGCCCGGGUGAAGGCCCUGUGGGCCAAAGUUCAACCGAAGGCUGCCGAGAUUGGCGCCGAAGCUCUGGGCAGGAUGUUGGUGGCCUACCCGCAGACCAAGGCCUACUUUUCCCACUGGGGGACCGAUCUGAAUGUUAACCAUACCCAAGUGCAGAAACAUGGUGGUGUCAUCAUGACAGGCGUCGCCAGAGGCGUAAAAUACAUCGACGACCUGACCUCUGGUAUGAGCACCCUCAGUGAGCUGCAUGCCUUCAAGCUCCGAGUGGAUCCGGGCAACUUUAAGAUCCUCGCCCACAACCUGAUCUUGGUGAUCGCCUCCUUCUUCCCCGCCGACUUCACUCCAGAGGUCCACGUCUCAUUCGACAAGUUCCUGAUGAGGUUGGCCUUCGCUCUGUCUGAAAGGUACCGCUAGACUCCAGCGACGCAGAAGCAUCGGCUGCCUCCGUGUGGCGCCUCAGGCAGCAACAUCAUCAAACCCUUUCCAUAUGUAGGCGUUUGUUCAAUAAAAACAAAAAGACAAAACAGUGCAGUGCAAA